CAAGGACGCGCAUCAUAUUUCCUAUUACCAAUCAGAAUGUAACAAAAUUUCGAUCAAUUUCAAAAAUGUCCCAAUACCGCUCCCUCAGCACUACUGAAGUCUCCAGAGAAUUGCAGUGAGAAUCCGCUUUUGCGCACCCUUUCAUUGUAGAAAUGAUUAUAAAGGGCCUGCUGAGGAGAUAUGAAAGAUGGAAUCCAGUGCAUCCUACAUACGGAGCCUUCUGGGGCAUGGGAAUAGGUAUUGGCUGUGGUGUGGGAUGGGGUCCCGGAUUUGGUCCUGAGGCAAUUGGUUAUGUUGGAGCUGGCUGUGGUAUUGGAUUCAGCGUUGGCUUCUCUCUGCUCGGCAUUGGCAUUGGCCUUCCUACCAAUUACAUCUAUACAGUUCCUUACAAUGCCUUCACAGCUACCAGAAGUGGUGCUAUAGAUAUGGCUCGAUCCACUGGUAUACUAAGAGAGAGUCGGUGUUACCUCGAUUCAAACAUUUCUGGCUUGCAAGAAAGGGCUCUGCGGACUUUUUCAAGCUUAAGGGUCAAAGAAUCGUUAGGGAAGGUGGUAGAUUUGUCUGAAAUGGGGACCAAAAUGUCCUUUCCCAAUCAAUGCAUGGAUCGUCUAAAACAAGGCAUCAAUGGCUUACUUCAUCCCUGCAAAGGUUUAAAGGAUUAACAGCAUGGAGCGGAGCGCAAUGUUUUCCUAGCACAGAGGGAUCAAUCUGAUCCAGUGGUAGAAGAGAAAAAGAAUAUUUACUGGGAAUGGAAUUUUGCAGCAUCUACUGAUGCAGUUGCAAUUAUCAGGCUGCUUUGCAAUUAUUAGGCUGCUACUAUAUUUCUAAUCAAAAUAAUUUUGAUCUUUUUUUAUUUUGGAAAACAUUGUUUGGAUGAAAAAAGCAUCUGAAUUAUUACUUCUCUUAGUUGGUUGUGACUUUUUCAAGGAAUUGACAAUGAAAAUCAUAGACAAAAGGUGAACUCAAUACCCUGUCUGAAGAUGAAAACA